GCCAGGAGGGACAGCAUGACCCGCGCCCUGCGGGGACGGCGCCGCAGUCAGGACGGACGGACGGAAGGACGGACGGAAGGACGGACAGACAGACGGACGCCCCCGCUCCCCCCCCCCACCCCUCGCAGCCCCUCCCAGGCCGCGGGCACUGACCGGCCCCGCCGCCGCCUCGCGCCGCAGCCCGCCGCCUCGCGCCCUGCCGCCGCGCACGCGCACGCGCAGGCCCCGGUCCCGGCGGGAGGGGCGGGGCAAGGGCAGCGCGUGCGCCCGCCGCGGCGAGGUCACGUGGCCGGCCUCAAGAUGGCGGCGGCCGCGGCGACCUUCCGCCGCCUGCGGGCGCUGGGCCGCCUGCCGCCCUCCGGCCCCGGCGCCGCCGCGGCGGCCCCGGCUCGGCCCUACGGCGUGCGGGCCUCCGCGACGGGCGAGCUGGUCACGCACACGGGGCAGGUCUAUGAUGAAAAGGAUUAUAGAAGAGUACGAUUUGUUGGACGACAAAAAGAGGUGAACAAGAACUUUGCGAUUGAUUUGAUAGCCGAACAGCCUGUGAGUCAAGUUGAAAGCAGAGUGAUAUCAUGUGAUGGAGGUGGUGGAGCUUUGGGACAUCCUAAAGUAUACAUAAACUUGGACAAAGAUACAAAGACUGGAACAUGUGGCUACUGUGGACUUCAGUUUAAACAGAAACAUCACUGAAAGGUCAUCACUGCAUGCUUGCAGAUUCUAUUCAGAUGUUAAUGUUUAACGAUAAAUAAACAAUAUGUUUAGAAACCCAA